GGAAGUAGAAUCCCGAAGUCUGCAAUCAUGGCUCAAGAAGAGGAAGAUGUUAGAGAUUACAAUUUGACGGAGGAACAGAAGGCGAUCAAGGACAAGUAUCCUCCAGUCAAUCGAAAGUAUGAAUAUUUGGAUCAUACAGCUGAUGUCCAGUUACAAGCAUGGGGACAUGCUCUGGAGGAAGCAUUUGAACAGUGUGUCACGGUCAUGUUUGGUUACAUGACAGAUACAGGGACUGUGGAACCUCUUCAAACAGUAGAAGCAGAAACCCAAGGAGAUGACUUGCAGACUCUAUUCUUACACUUUUUGGAUGAGUGGCUUUACAAGUUCAGUGUUGAUGAAUACUUCAUUCCCCGGGAAGUGAAAGUACUCAAUAUUGAUCAAAAAAAUUUCAAGUUACGGUCAAUUGGGUGGGGAGAAGAAUUUUCAUUGUCCAAGCACCCUCAGGGAACAGAAGUCAAAGCAAUAACAUACUCGGCAAUGCAAGUCUACAGUGAGGAGAAGCCAGAGGUGUUUGUGAUCAUCGACAUUUAAGAUACCAAGAAAAAGAGACUCUUACGAAGAACUGAUUUGUUUUCUUCCUUUUGAGAAGAUGCAAUGAUUCGUUUUCUCUAGUGUCUUUGCUAAAUGGAAAUACAGAACUGGGAAUUUAAAGUGUGACUU